GCCUAAUUCCUCCACUUUCUCCUUUCAUUUUCUGCUUUCUCUCUAAGCCAAAUGCUUAGGUCAACAACGAGAAACAACUCUUCCCUGCUGAUUCUCCCAUGGCUAUAAUUUGUCUUCUUUAGGGUUUUCUUUUUCCAGAUCCAAGAAGAAGGCACCGACCCUCAGUCGGUUUUUGUACUUAGGGACCUGUCUCUUGCUCCCUUCGCUCCUCAAAGAUCUAGAACAAACAAAAUCAUAGUUACCCAGAAAACCGGUAUUUGCAAACUCAGGUCUAGUUUUUAGUUUUAUUUCAUAUGCUCCAACCUUUUUUUCCUUCUAUUUUCCCAUCAAUCUUAUACUUGAAGUAAAAUUUGGUGGUGGAGGUAUGAACUUUGUGCAAAAGUACUCUAAUUAUCGAGAUCAGUGAAGAUGACGAGGAAAUCUUAAGAGAAUUUCCCAUCAACUUGGAUUCUUUUGAAGAUUUUUGCUAUCGAUUUCGGACAAGAAACUAGAGAGGUGAUGGAGUUGUCACUGGGGAGCAGUAGUAUUGAAGAAUCGAAUACUGCAAGUAGGUCUAUUGAGAAAGAAUAUAUGUUCGAUAAAGUCGUCACGCCCAGCGAUGUAGGCAAGCUGAACCGCCUUGUUAUACCGAAGCAGCACGCCGAGAGGUACUUCCCCCUCGACUCUUCAUCGAACGAGAAAGAGCUGUUAUUGAAUUUCGAGGACAGGAACGGCAAGUCGUGGCGGUUCCGGUACUCGUACUGGAAUAGCAGCCAGAGUUAUGUGAUGACCAAAGGGUGGAGCCGUUUCGUCAAGGAAAAGAAGCUCGAUGCCGGUGAUAUCGUGUCGUUCCAGCGCGGCGUCGGGGACUCGGAGAAAGACCGGUUGUACAUUGAUUGGAGGCGAAGGCCUAAUGUGCCUGAUCCCGCAACGUUUGCACAUUUUCAGCCGCAGAAUCAGUUCAACUUCCCUCAAUCGGUCGGCCGGUGGGGUGGAAUCUACUCGCUUCCACAAAGCUACGAGCCUUUGCAUCGGUUGAAUUACAGCAUAUAUCCUUAUAAUCAUCACCAUCAUCAACAACAACAGCUACUGCAACAGCAGCAAGCAGUUACUUAUGGCAAUGUAGCGCAGUACCAUCUAAGGUCAUCAUAUGGAUCAUAUCAUCAUCAUCAAAUUCGGGCAGUGCAAGAAGGGAGAAGAGAUCCAAUGGUGAUCGAUUCAAUACCAGUUGUUCAGGGCAAUACAACAGCGGCUAAAAGGCUAAGGCUCUUUGGAGUGAACAUGGAGUGCCCUACUCCUACAAAUGACGAAUCUUCCUCGGGGCAUGAUUCUCCUUAUAAUUUCCCUUCCUCUUCUCUCCAAUCAAGACUGUCCAACAAUAAUAUCCCAUUCUCCGGAAUGCAAGCUGAAUAUUCAAAGAAAGGAAAAUCUUCCUUGUCCUUUGAUUUGGAUCUAUGAUCCAUUGAAGAGAAAAUCACAGUGAAAGGUUGCAUUUUCAUUCUUUUUUUGUUUGCUUUCCGAAAGGCACUGGAUUGAGGAAAGAGGGUAUUGAAAAGAUGAGUUUUUUUUUUAAUUUCUUUAAAUAUUGUUUAAGUACAUGAGUUAGUUGAGGUUUGGGAUAUGUGAAGAGCUAAAGAUGAAAGACGAUGCAACACAUGGAGUUGAAGAUUGUGUAUAACACAUAUACAGAUUUAUCAGCAUAUUCCCAACUUGUUAUUAUAUAAAAUAUCAUAUUUUUCCA